CCGCUGACAGGAGCAGGAGCGCAGUUCAGAACUGCGGCGUGUCCAGGGUCCAAACGUCGAAUCGAUAUCGAGAAGUGCUGAGCGCUGCCCGCCUGCCUGUGCCUGCUGAUGCUGCCGUGCAUCGCUCCUGCGCGCGCGUGGCUUUCGCUGGCGCGCGUCGCGUGCUCGUGUGCCUUGUGUUGGUGCGCCGCUCGCGGCUGCUGGGCGCUGCAGGGGGUCCGCGGCCGUUGCGCAUGCCAGCUCAGGCCAUCUGCCGCUCUGGCUGCGCAUCGGGGCGUGCAAAAGGGGCUCGAGACGAGCUUUGAGCACACGUCGGCUGGCGGCGGCGGCGGCAGCGGCGAAACUCGACGGCAAGGCAAGGCAGGAGGGAGGAGAAGCGAGGAGUGGGCGCCAGCCGGCAGGCGCGCGGCACGCCGAUGGGGCUGCCGACCGUGGCCCACCGCAGAGCGGCGCCCAAGGAGGCCGUGGGGUGGACAGUCUGGGUGGUGCACCUCGCUGGCUCGCGAGCACAGAUUAUGCGCCUGCGCAGGGCCCAGCCUGCAGAGUGAGGCAGACAGCACGGCUCGAGGGUAGACGGACGAGUGCGAGCUUGGCUCGACGCUGCAAAGGA